GUCGCCAGCGUGGAGCACGGCUAUGGGACCCAGGUCGCCAGCAUGGAGCACGGCUAUGGCGCCCAGGUCGCCAGCGUGGAGCACGGCUAUGGCGCCCAGGUCGCCAGCAUGGAGCACGGAUAUGUCGCCCAGGUCGCCAGCGAGGAGCACGGCUAUGGCGCCCAGGUCGCCAGCAUGGACCACGGCUAUGGUGCCGAGUUAAGCUCCGCUGAUGCAGAUCGCCAGCGUGGAGCACGGCUAUGGCGCCCAGGUCGGCAGCGUGGACCACGGCUAUGUCGCCCAGGUCGCCAGCGUGGAGCACGGCUAUGGCGCCCGGGUAAAUCGCCACCGUGGAGCACGGCUAUAACGUCCAGGUCGCCAGCGUGGAGCACGGCUAUGGCGCCCAGGUCGCCAGCGUUGAGCGACCAGGUCGCCAGCGUGGAGCACGGCUAUGGCGCCCAGAUCGCCAGCGUGGAGUACGGCUAUGGCGCCCAGGUCGCCAGCGUGGAGCACGGCUAUGGCGCCCAGGUCGCCAGCGUGGAGCACGGCAUUGGCCUCCAGGUGAGUACCGCUGACGCAGGUAUGGCGCCGAGGUACGUACCGCUGACGCAGGUAGGGCCUCCGCGUGGGCGCCAUAACCGUGCUCCACGUUGUCGACCUGCACAACAAGAACAAGAACAACAACAGCAACAACCAGAUGAAGAAGACGAAGAAGAAGAGGAGGAGGAAGAAGAAGAAGAACAACAAGAAGAAGACGAAGAGAAAGAAGAGGAAGAAGGAGAAGGAGAAGAAGAAGAAGAAGAAGAAGAAGAAGAAGAAGAAGAAGAAGAAGGAGAAGAAGAAGAAGAAGAAGAAGACGAAGAAGAAGAAGAAGAAGAAGAAGAGGGGCGGAGGCCCCGUGCUCCGCGCUGUCGACCUGCACAACAACAACAAGAACAACAACAGCAACAACCAGACGAAGAAGAAGAGGAUGAAGAAGAAGAGGACGAAGAAGAGGAAACAGAAGAGGAAGCAGAAGAGGAAGAAGAAGAGGAAGAAGAGGAAGAAGAAGAAGAAGAGGAAGAAGAAGUGGAAGAAGAAGAGGAAGAAGAAGAGGGGAGAAGAAGUGGAAGAAGAAGAGGGAAGAAGAAGAGGGAAGACGAAGAAGUAAGAAGAAGAGGGAAGAAGAAGAGGGAAGAAGAAGAAGAAGGAGAGGAAGAGGAAGAAGAGGAAGAGGAAGAGGAAGAAGAAGAAGAGGAAGAGGAAGAGGAAGAAGAAGAGGAAGAAGAAGAGGAAGAAGAAGAGGAGGAGGAAGAGGGGGAAGAAGAAGAAGGAAGAAGAAGAGGGAAGAAGAAGAGGGAAGAAGAAGAAGAAGAAGAGGAAGAGGAAGAAGAAGAAGAGGAAGAGGAAGAGGAAGAGGAAGAAGAAGAAGAGGAAGAGGAAGAGGAAGAAGAAGAGGAAGAAGAAGAGGAAGAAGAAGAGGAGGAGGAAGAGGAGGAGGAAGAGGGGGAGGAAGAAGAGGGAAGAAGAAGAGGGGAAGGAAGAAGAGGGAAGAAGAAGAGGGGAGAAGAAGAGAAGGAGGAAGAAGAAGAGGGAAGAAUAAGAGGAGGAAGAAGAAGAGGAGGAAGAAGAAGAGGGAAGAAGAAGAGGAGGAGGAAAAGGAGGAGGAAGAAGAGGAGGAAGAAGAGGAAGAAGAAGAAGAAGAAGACGAAGAAGAGGAAGAAGAAGAGGAGGAAGAGGAGGAGGAAGAGGGGAAGGAAGAAGAAGGGGAGGAAGAAGUGGGGGAGGAAGAAGAGGGACGAAGAAGAGGGAAGAAGAAGAGGAGGAGGAAGAACAGGAGGGAAGAAGAAAAGGAGGAAGAAGAAGAGGAAGAAGAAGAGGGAAGAAGAAGAGGAGGAAGAAGAGGAGGAGGAAGAAGAGGAGGAAGAAGAAGAAGCAGAAGAAGAAGAAGAAGAAGAAGAAGAAUAGGAAGAAGAAGAAGAAGAAGAAGAAGAAGAAGAAGAGGAGGAGGAAGAAGAAGAAGAAGAAGAAGAAGAAGAAGAAGAAGAAGAAGAAGAAGAAGAAAGCUAUAUGACCUGCAAUUUCUACAGCGUAGCCUCCAUUUCCUGAAUUCAAAAAAAAAACUUUUACGCGAUUAUUUUCACUUCGCCGUAUUUGUGUUAAUUCACUCCAAAGUAGUUUAAUUUUGCAUAUCGUUUUUAUUUGUUUAGGGAAAAUCAUUUUUGGUUCACCAAACACUACUACAUUUUCUACUCCAAAAUUGAAUUCAUCUCCAGAAAAUGCUAAAAAAACGUAAGUUCCCAAUUUUAAGA